AUGAGGAAAAGAACAUUAUCCAUCAUAAGAGAAGCUGUUUCGUUAAAAUAUUUUUCUUUCACUAAUAAAAUAAAUAACAGCUUCUUCGUUUCAUUUGUUGAUAAAUAUAAACAAAAUUUUAUAAUAAAUACAAAUUUACACACAUAUUUAUCAACAUAUAGUCAUAACAACUCAAAGGAUUGCAUUACCAUCAAUGUAAAGUCUAUAUUAUGUAAACAUAAUGUACUACACAAUCAAAGAGUUAGCAUAUUGUUCCCUAUAAAAUGGGGUUCUCUUCUUCCUAUUUGUAAUAAGCACAUGUUGGGGUUUCCUAUAAAACAAAAGCAAAAAUAUAGUUCCCUUAUUAGUAAGUAUCUUACCUGGAAGUUGAUAACGGAAAAAUAUAACUCCACUUCUACAGUAGUAGCUACCACCCUUAUUGGUACUAACUCUAAUUUACAUAACAGUUAUAGUACCAGUAAUGAUGGAAAGAACAAUAACAUUGAUGGACGACCCCCCCUGCAGAGCAGUAGUGUAAAAGAUGAUACAAACUAUGGAGGGGAUAAAACCCAAAUGGCAGUUCUUAACACUGUGUGCAGAAAAAUAUAUUAUUUAGGUAUAAACAGAAUAAAGAAUGAAAAGGAGUGGGAAAAAUAUAUAAUAGAUUUUUGUAAAGAAAUAAAAUAUUAUGAAUUUAUAAAUUUAAAAAGUAUCUUUAUGCUUUUACUAGGCAUAACAAAAAGCAAGGAACAUGUAAAAAAUAUAUCAUCAUUUACUAUUAUUAAGAAUGAUAUAACUCAUCAACAUUAUAAAAAAAAAAUACAUAUUUAUGAUAUCGUCUAUAUAUAUAUAGACAUUUUAGCAAAAAAAAUUAAAAGCAUGACUAAAAAUCAAUUGAGCAUAUUUUUGUAUUUACUGCAAAAAUGGAAUAAAACCCAAAAGUAUGAAGAUAUUAUUUACACCAUUAUAUGUGAACAGAUUUCAGCUAAUACCAAGAUGAGGAACUUCAACGUUCGAAGUUUCUGUAGCAUAUUGCACCUUUAUGCAAAGAACUAUCAAAUUUAUGCAAAUUUUGAUAAUAGCCAAAACAAUCGAAAUUACCAAAAUACUGAAAAGCGCUUCUGCAUAGGUACAAGCAGAGAGGAUACUGCCAACAAACUCAGUAGCAGCAUGAAGAAUUGCAUAGUGACAGAUGAACAUAUAAAAAAAAUUGUGAGUAAAUUUUUAAGGACCAAAUUUCGUCUUGAGGAUGUAUUAUACUUUCUUUCCUCAAUGUAUAAAUUGAAAAUAAAUAAAAAUAGUAUAUUUGAAAGUUCAUUAGUACAGAUGUUGAAUGAAAAUUUAAUAAAUGCAAAUUACUUCUUAACACCAUCGUUAGUCCUACAGUUGGCUAACUUAAAUAUCUACAAUGAAGAGUUAUAUAAGAAAUUAAAAUGUAUUAUAAUGCAGAAUUAUUAUUUUUAUAACUCAGUCCAUAUAACAAAUAUAUUUUAUGCCUUUUCCAAAUUUAAUGCAGAUAGUGCAGUAUAUGACCUUUUUGAAAAACUGUCUACCCAUAUUAUGUACAAUUUUCCUCAAAAGGAAAAACCAAGUAGCAGUAUGAAGGAAGAACAAAACUUAUGCAGUCCAACCAAUGAAAAUACACAGAAUAGAUGCAUGAAUAACAUCUUUAGCACAUUUAACAUUUUUCAAGUAACAACCAUUAUAAACAGCUGCUUGAAGUGCAAUUACAUGAAGUACGACUUUUUCCAUGCCCUCCUUUUAAAGGUAUUCACUCCAACGGAAGCCGUAACUGCAGUGGAAGGAGUAACAAGCGAAACAGAACAGAUCCAGGGGCAGCAUACCCUAGACAACUUAGUGAACCAUUUGGAUGUGAUAUCAAAAAUUUUAAAGUCCUUCAAAAUUUUCGUUUAUAAGCAUAUAACAUGUUUUCAUCACUACGACAAGGGGAACGAAGAUAAGAAUCCACAAGUUGGGCAGUGUACCCGUCCAAACAAUUGCCCACUUGAAGAUGUCUACUUCGAUGAAGGAUACCCCGUUUGCUUAUUAAACAAAGAGUGGGUUCACAAAAAGGUGUAUAGGUACGCUUCAAAUUAUUGCUUAAAAGGUAAUGAUGAUAAUGAUCGUCAUUACGAUUGUUUUUUUCUUCCCUAUGUAGAUCAGAACGAGGUUAGCAGUAAAAAGAUAAGGGAGCAAAAUAAAUUUGAAUUAUUUUGGGACAAUGUAAGUGAAAAAAUAAGAAUUAUAAUUGAGAACAAUUUAUAUGAUGAGAAGUUAAAAUACAUUUUGCACAAUUUAAUGCUUUGCCUCUCCUUCAGCGAAGUAAGAUUUACAAAUUUACAUGCAUAUUGUCAGGUUAUUGUUAAAGAGAAUUUUCACUUCUUUACACUGAACAGUUUAUAUAUGUACAUAAAGAUAUGGUAUAAAUUUAAAAUUUUCAAUUAUGAAAUUUUGGAAAUCCUACUUGAACAAAUAUAUAAAAAUUUUCAUUUACUCCAAGAUAAGAAGAAAAUAAAAAUAAAUUUAUUGUCAUAUAUUAUUUUUAAAAAAAUAAAUACCCAAAAAGGAAAUCAACUUAUUCAUUUAUUUUUAUAUGAAGGGGAGAAUAACAAACUAAAAUUUGAAAAGGAAAAUUUGAAAGAAAAAAAAAAUUUUAAUCCGACAAGUACAUGGGAUCUCCCAACAGAAACUCAAUUAAAACAAAAUUUUAAAAAUGUAGAGAUAUGUUCAAACUUUCCCAUAAUAAACUAUGAUGAAGUGGAUAAUAGAAGUUAUAAUGGUGCAACAAGGGAUGAUAACAGUUUGAGUGAGGAAAAAAGAAUUAGUGAGUGUGCUACCAUUGUUCAGGGAAAAAAGGAAAAGGCAUCUUCCUCAACAAGAAUCAACGAAUCAGUUUGUAAACAAGUAGAAAGAACAGAAUCUACUCCUUGUAGUUUGCAUUUUUUUGACUACCUAAACUUUUCGCUGUUCUUAAUUCUCACCCAGAAGAGUAAUGCUGAUGGGUGUUUUGAACUGAGCGCGCUUUUUUCCAAAGGGGGGAGUAGCAGUAGUAGUAGCAGUAACAGCAGCAGUAACAGCAGCAUUGUGCUAAUGCAUUUCUCUGAAGGGGGGAAAGAAGAAGUAUUAGAAAAAUACUCAAAAAGGGUUGAAAAAAAUAUACUCAAUAGAAAAGAGUCUAUUGUUCGUUUUUUCCUAAUUUUUGCGGACUACCUAGGAAAUGAAAAAAGUAGUCUACAUAUUUUUCAGAUGCUAUACAUUUUGCAUUUCAUAAAAAUUAUAAACGAAGAUAUUUAUUCAGAUAUAAUGAAAUUAGAAAAAAUGAAAAAUUUUAGUUCCCCUAGUGCAGCAAACAAAAGUGAAGCGUAUCACAACAAGAAGAUUUUUCGUUUACGAAAAGAAGAUUUGCAAUUUAUAAACUUAGCAGGAGGGGGUAAUACCACUGAGCGCGAUGAAGUAGCAGGAGAUGAAUUCCAAUGUGAGCACACACCCUGCUAUAGUUUCUCCUUGCAUGAAAAUAACACACACUAUGCACAUUAUGCAUAUUAUCGGUAUCAGUAUGAAAGCGUGAAGGAAUCCAUUAGGUCCUUAUCAAAAGUGUUCAAAACGUUUAAAUAUAACCAGGCGAUAUGUGCGAGUCGCGAGAGUAAGUAUUCCCUAAAAAGAAUUGAAGUGUUUUAUAAAUUAAGUACCUUUUUAACGGUAGACAUGAUGUUUGAGUUAGAAAAAGAAAACCAAGAAUUUUAUCAUUUUCUUUUAUUUUAUCCUCAAGAAUUAAAAAGAACAAUCGUAAGUGUGCGAGAAGAUGGUACUUCCUUUUUUAAGUAUGAAUAUGACGAUUCUCCUUUGAUACAUACCGAAAUUUUAUUUAUUUAUAAUUUUUUAAAAAAAAUAUUUCCAAAAAAUAUUCGUUUCAGUAUUGUAGACACAACUCAGUUUAUUACACUCUCAACGUAUGAAAAUGAAAAAGUGAAAACUGAAAGAGUGUGUGAACAUGUUUUUAAUAAUGAUAUUAAGUCAAACGCAAUAGAGUUUAUUUUAGAGCACAUCAUGGGGAUGUAA